AUGGUGGGCGGAGGCGUUCCCCCGGCGGUCCAACAGGUCUACAAGGACUUCGACGCUGCUUACAAGAAAAACGACCUGGUCCAAACGGAGCAAUUGCUGACAAAAGUAAAACUCGAACUCGCAAAACUGCAGGGGAAUCAGCUCUUGUUGGAGAAGCAGGAUGCUAAGGUAUGGUGCAGCACCAGACAGUCUUGCUGAAAUUUGUGUUGCGGAAGCGGCUGUAGAAAAGCACACUUGAAAUUGUACAUUUGCAUGACAAAACAACAAUUAAAAAACACGUACAGGUCCUCGAGCUCUGCAGGGAGGUAUACGAGAAGGGAGCAUUUUUGAGCAUCAAGCGCAACGACCCCCUGGCGUUUGAGAGAAACGUAUACAUAGGGAAAUUUUUUUCCUGAUGAUGCUCUUGCUCAAUUGAUGUGCAUCACAAACGCCUGCUUCCAAUAAUAGAUCUACCGCUAGUACAACACAUCGAUGACAAACUUUCCAUGGCCAUCAUGCUCUUCGAUACAUAAAAUCGAAAUACACAAUCGUCUAUAUCAGGUGAAGCAGCUGAAGAUUUACUACCGAGAUUUCGAAAAAUCUAUCCCGUCAAAAUCUUCCAACGAGUACAAAAUACUCGGCCUCUAUCUGCUCUCCUUGGUCUGCAGCGACAGAAUAUCCGAGUUCCACACAGAACUCGAACUGAUUCAGCAGCACGACUCCCAGUUUAUCCAACGACCGGUCUUGUUGGAGCGGUACCUGUAUCCUGUACAAAAGUAUCGUACUCGUAGUAAUUGCAGUUCUGCAUUACAAAUUUUUUUCUCAAGGUAAACUAGCAUUACAAAUUGAAUUUGUAAUGCUGGGCUAAUUUGUAAUGCAAUUUAUGCUAGUACGAUACUUUUGCAUUGCAUAAUCUGAUGGAGGGAAACUUCGCGAAAAUAAACCAGUUCGCGUCCGAAUUCUCGUCGCAAGAGCACUACCCGGUUUUUCUGGAACAGUUGCAGCAGAUAUGAGAGUGCACAACUCCCCCUCCCCCUCAUUUGUAAUGCAAAAUCCGAAAUUCUGUCGUUGCGUUCUGGCACGGUUUGCAUGACAAAUCUCGGAAGUAGCCCAAACAGUACUUCUACGUUAGGCACAUCGACUUGUCAUGCAAAGGCUCCACUUGCUGGGUCGGUGUCUGUGUUGCUGUUCAUGCCAUACAAAUGAGGAGGCGGGGGGAUGUGCACUGUCAUAGCAGACCAUGAGACGAAGAAUAUUGGAAUCAUUGGCAAAGGCGAGCAGCGAGGUAUAAGGAAGGAGGUUUUUUUUCUUCGAGUUCGCAGCUUCUUGUGAUGCAAAACUACUCAUGACAAAGAAUAUUUGCCAUGCCGGACACCUACUACACAACCAAAAACUUGAACAGAUUUCCCUCGACCGCGUCGCGAAGAUGCUCUACAUGAGCAACGUCAGCGAAGUUUCUGGGUUUUUGAAGAAAAUGCAGGAAGAGGUAUUGAGUUUUGUGCAUGACAGACCACCUCCGACGUGCCAUUCUGUUUUGUUGAAUUUGUGAUGCAUACGUCGCUUGGAAAAGUGAAUUUGUCAUGUAUAGAACAACUAUAAACUUAAAUAUGGAACGUAGGUGUACUACCGCUACCGGGUUAUUCGAUGUACUACCGGGUUAGUCAAGGUGCUCCAAAUUUGAAAAGUCAAGGCCAGCGCAAAAAAAAAGCCAAGGUCGGGAAAUCCGUUGUCGAGGUUUUGUCGCGUUUUGGCCCCUGUUGUGCUUCGCAUGCAAAGCACCGCCAGCGCGGGCCGAAGGGCUAGGAGCCGGCCCCUGUUGUGCUUCGCAAAGCACCGCCAGCGCGGGCCGAAGGGCUAGGAGCCGGCCCCUGUUGUGCUUCGCAAAGCACCGCCAGCGCGGGCCGAAGGGCUAGGAACCGCCGCCCGGGCGGCCAACCUUGAGGCAGAGCCAGGCCGAACGGGUUCGGUUUUGUCGCGUUUUGGCUCCUGUUGUGCUUCGCAGAUCACCGCCAGCGCGGGCCGAAAGGCUGGGAACCGCCGCCCGGCCAAUCUUGAGGCAGAGCCAGGCCGAACGGGUUCGGUUUUGUCGCCUUUUGGCUCGCGCUGUGCUUCGCAGAUCACCGCCAGCGCGGGCCGAAGGGCGAGGAACCGCCGCCCGGCCAAUCUUGAGGCCGAGCCAGGCCGAACGGGUUCGGUUUCGCGGGAGGUCUUGCCACCGUUUCGUUUUUUCCGUGCCAAAGAGGUUUUCGGGAGCGCCGUUUUUGAUAGUACUACCGAGAUAAGAGUCAUGGACUCCACUCGGAUCGCGACAAAUUUCGCGACCUCGGGAGCAGUUUGGGGGCAGUUUUUUUUGUUUUUUCAUUGAGAAUGCGUGUAGUAUCCAGGUAGUGCAAAGAUCUGAAAACCGCCGUAGCAUGGGUGUUCGGGUUUGCACUACCGCACGAAAAAUAAUGGGUAAAAGUCAGCCACUGCCGGAAUCUGCGGGAAUUAAUAUCCGGGCAGUGCAUUGAGAAAGCAGAUCGGUAGUGCAAAGCCUUAAAAUCCACCGUAGCACUGGGAAUAUGCCUUUCACUACCGUACAAAACCGAUAAGGGAAAAGCGACGCACUACCGUGGUGCCGGUUCGACGAAUUUUGGUCGUCGGUUAUCCCGGUAGUGCGUCGUCUUUUCGUACGGUAGUGCAACGCGUUUCCCCCACGCUAAGGCGGUUUAGAAGUUUUUCGGCUACCGAGAUAAUAACUCAAAGACAAAAUCAAGCGCGUCAGCUCGGAUUCAACUCGGAUUCGAGUCUGAACACGUUGAAAGUCAACGCUUCCUAUUGCGGUAGUGGAAUGAAAAAAGUGAUUACUUUUUGGCCUCAAUCUCUUGGGAGGCGCUCCGCUCUCGCGCCUCUGGCCUCUGCUCUGUCUCCCCAGUCUCUUGGGGCGAGCGCUGAGGCGCCAACCAGGAAGCCGCCGGCUCGUCUUCAGACACGGUUGGCCACCCGAUUUUCUCCGGUUGGGAGGGUCGAGGAGCGCCACAGCUCUUGACGCUGCGGGCGCGCAACUGCUCGGCGGGCUCCUCAGUCUCUUGAGUCGAGCGCCGCUCUUGGCAGCUCGCCGCAGUCUUGAGGCGAGCGCGGCGCCGCCCAGCCUCGUCAGUCUUCAGUCCGGGAUAGAGUGGCGUGCUACAAAAUAAAAAAACAGGCCCCUCGGGGGUCUGUUGCCGGCGGGGCGGCCGGCUCGCAGAGGUCCCCACCCGCUUCGCCGCGUCGUCGUCCGACAUACAGCGGCAGGGUGGCAGUCAGCUCUGUAUACUCAUUAAAGCACCAUCGUGCUGAUAGUACUGACGUGAAAAACGGCCGGCAGUUUUCAAGGGGCGUUGCCAUCAAACAAGCCCGAGCCAAUUCAUUCGAUUCCCGAUUGCUAAAACGACGCAAAGGAGCCGCCAAAAGAGACGCCCCGCCGAGGCGUCCAGCGCGACUAUUUCCGUCGAUUUGGACCGCCCAAAAAGGGGCGCCGGAAAAUGCCAAGACGAAAAAAGCGGAAGCCGCAUGGUACGGGCCCCAUUUCGGUCCACUUUUGGAGGUUGCAAAGCCCGCUCGCCAAAAGCUAAACGCUGACCCGCAUGCUAUUGGCCAGAUUUUGGGGGCCCAUGGGGCCGGGCUUGGUGGAGGCCCAGGCGGGGGCAUAGCAUGCGGGAAAGUGUUUCGAUUCAGGAGGCGGCAGGGGCGCGGCUUUUCAACAAAAAAAAUCAAAGGACGCAAAUCCCGCCAGAAGCAGUAGGCCAGGCCGCAUGUUAUGGCUGGGCCCGAAACGGUGGCAAGACCCGUAACGGGUCCAAAUUGCGAGAUGGGGCCAGGCGCGUAGUCCCCCGCGGAUUAGGGUCCGGCGGCAAGCAGUUUUUCCGGAUGAAAGGGAAGCCUUUUUUCUUUGUUUUUGAAGAUGAAUUUUGAAGAUGAUUUCCUAUAAAACAACUCAAACCACAACAGAGAAUGAAUGCGAAUGAAUGCUGUAGCUAGGUAGAUUGCAAUAUUGUGCCUGUGCUAGCUAACGACGGUGAAGCUAGGUAGAUAUAGACUUCGGAUCUCGGCUAAGUAGCUACGUAGUUAGCGAGUCCAGUGUCCGCUUAGCGAGUCCAAUGCCCGCCCGUUUCAUCGGAUUUCCCGACCUUGGCUUUUUUUUUACGCUGACCUUGACUUUUCAAAAUUGGGGCACCUUGACUAACCCGGUAGCACAUGCAAUAUUCCGGUAGCGGUAGUACACCUACGUUCCAUAUUAAACUCAUGGUCAAAACUACAAACUCUUCAGGACGCUGGCGACAUGAUGACGGACGACACGCCAAACCAGCCACAGUGGGAAGUCGCGGGGAGUAAAUUGAGGUUGACAGCCAGCAGUCGAACGGAAAGGAUACCGGUCUUUGACACGUUGUCAAAUGUGAUUGACUACGCGACGGAGAUAGAAAGGAUCGUGUAGAUGAAGUCGUGUUGGGUAGUUGUGUCGGAGCGUGGUACACACCAGCUGCUGCACACGAAGAUUAUACUACCCCGCUUUCUUCACAUCAGCACGACUGAUGUCCUUUUCCUGUUCAUCUUAUACGCGACACAAGUUCGAAUUCGACAUGGUAAUUUGAAGUACGGAACACAAAUUUUUCAAAGAACCAUUGUAGAACCUGGACGCGGCAGCUGAUGGGUGAACCAAG